CACGAGACCGCCAUGUCUUACCAAAACAAUUAAUUUCCAUGUCUUCACAUCACUCGAGAAAAUGCAAACCAAAAAACCACAUAAGUUCGACACAACUCUAUCGCUACUCUAGUACCGGUGGUCUCGUGGGUGCCUGCUUCCGUUCACAUAAUCAUAUUUCAAAAACUACAAAUUUAUCAACUCAAGGGGACGGGGGAGGGGGGGGACAUAGGGUCCUGGCUCCACUGGCUGUUAGUAGCGCAGGCGGUUGCUGUCAAGAGGGGAGAUAAUUGAAGCCAUCCACGGGGAUUGAGGGCUUAAUGGGCGAGGGUAACUGACAAGUACAGAUGUUUCUUGAACAAGACCAGUGUU